AUCAACCAUGAACCAGCUACAUGUCGCUCUGGUGGUUUGCUUCGGAGUUGCUUUAUGGAGUCAUUUUUCCAUUUCUACAUCAGUGGUGCAGAUGACUGCCAGACCUGGAGAAAACAUCCUUCUCUACUGUGACUGCAAUCAGUCAUCUGGAGUGUACAUUGUUUGGUACAAGAAUUCCUCACAUGAAGACAAACCAACUCUUGUUCUAAAUGUAAAGACUGAUUUAGUAACAGAAAAGAAAUUUCCUCGUUUCAAAUUUCUGAAGAACUUUACUUUUGAUUCCUAUGACCUGCUGAUCGUGCACGCCAACAAUUCUGAUGAAGGGCUCUAUUACUGUGGAACUGAAGAGACAAAGGUGGAGAAAGACAAAAAAGAAAGCAUUGGGUCAAAGACAAUCCACCAGUACGGCAACAUCAUCACAAAAAUCACACUUGAUCAAACUGUUUGUCAUUCAAAUAUCACCCAGACUGCAGAGGUCUGUGCUGCAUGCUGGAAGAUGCUCUUUUCCCUCUGUCCAGCUCUUGCUCUUCUUUUUGCCCUCAUUUCCUCAGCUACAGUUUAUCUGAUUUACCAGAAAGCAGCUAAAACAGCUCAAGAAAACAAUUGGGGUAUUGAAAUGAGAAGACAAACCAAGGAAACACAGGAUGAAAAUGUUUGCUACGCGGCUCUGGAAAUCCAGCGACCAUCACAGAGACCAAAGAGGAAGAGGAAAACCCAGGCUUCAGACUUCAGCACAUAUUCUGACCUCAAAAUGUCUGCGGUGUAGGAGAUUGACACUGAACUUUAGUCCUGAACAAUAAGUACCAGUUGUGUUCUUUCUCCCAUUCCCUAAGAAUUUAAUAGCAAAUUAAAAUAAUAAUAAUAAUAAUAAUAAUAAUAAUAAUAAUAAUAAUAAUAAUAAUAAUAAUAAUAAUAAUAAUAAUAAUAAUAAUAAUAAUAAUGUAUUUCAGAAAACAUAUUUUUGAUUGUUAAUAAUAAUACCAUAGUACAUCAUCCCAGACCUAGUUCCAAAACAUGUCUAAAGGCAUAUAUGUGCAAAAUUCAUUUUGGUUUUUUUUUCUCUUUGUUUUUUGUUUUUACCUUUCUUCUAUGUAGCGCAACAGUCUUUGACAAAACAAAGUAGUUUUUCUGUGCCUCUUUUCCAGUACAACCCAAUAGGCCAAACUUAAAAGCAAAGUGUGUCAAAGAGCAAUAAAGAAAUGAUCAUCAAGCUUUCCUUCUCCAUACAUUACAAACCAAUUAAUAUACCCACAGCUGCCUGGGUGUGUUGUAUGAAUUCUAUUCCAAAUGGUUUCCUAUGAUAUACCCUUUCCUGCUAUGUUUUCUGUGAAGGCUCUCAGCAAGGUUUCAGAGUGUUUGUUGGUAUUUUUAAUCCUUCUCUGCAUUUUAUAAGUACUACUUAAAAUUAAACAUCUUUUCAUAUUGUUCA